AUGGCAAAACUAGAUCAAAUUAUCGGUUUUGUCAAUACGUUGGACUCCAAAGCUAAUUCUUUGAUGAGCUGUAUGGAAGAAUCACAGAGACUUAUGGAUAAUAUGAACAACCUAAACGAACAGUUUAUGGAAGAUAGCAUACAGUUUGAAGCUAUGAGUGAAGUUUUGUUAAGUGGAAAUCAAUUUUUACGGAAAUUUCAUAGCUUGAAUGAAAGGUCAUUUUACCUAGAAGCUACAGUGCAUAUUACGGAUAGAAUGACUAAUAGCAUGUCUCUUGAUAAUUUACGUAAAGAAUACGAAUUUGUGAAGAGGAACUAUUUGGAAAAGGGAUCUGGGAUCGUAGGAUUGGAUGAGGAAGACAGCUCUGAUGGUAGUGAUAGUGAAAUUGAAGAUUUUGACUCACACGAAUGGUCGACUUCUCCAACACUAGGAAAGAAGGCAUCGAUUAUGAGCUUGAAACUAAAGCCAAUUCGCUGCUCCUCGACGAAAGUUUCUAAGAAGAAGUCUAGAUACAGACUUUCUACAAUAUAUAGUCUCAAUCCUGUUGCAGGCGAUGAAGUAUUGAGUAAUGACUCUAUUGAGCACUUUGACCACAAUAGGAUUGGCAGCUUGAUGGAUAAUCAAGCUGGUUACAACACGACUGACAUUACGUCUCCAGAUGUAUCUUUAAAAGAGGUUUCAUCUUCAACUUCAUUACCGGAGUUAACUAACAGUUCACCGAAAUUCAACAAUGCUUCGAGUAUAGAGUUUGAUUACGCUGACAUAGGAAGACAGAACUCAACUAUUUAUCGAAAAGAUAUAGAUAGAGAAUGCAUUGAUCUUGAUGAAUCGACAUUCUCAGAAACAUCUCAAAAAUCAUCAGAAAAAGAAAAUGAUGAUUUUAUCGACUUCGAAAAGUUCUUAAGAAGAUCUAGAGUUGACUUGAAUAAAGCAUUCCCUAUCAUUCUGCGUUCAAAAUCUCAUGAGAGUAUUUUUGACUAUGAGGAUGCCGUUAAGGGACCUUUUAAAUUUCAUAAUCCAGUUCAAAGUAUGCAAUUGCACUCAUCGAAUAUAGCCACUCCUACGGUCGAGCCUAUAUAUUUCAAUUAUGCGAAUAAUUCACCUUCUCGUGAUUCCUUUGCAGAUAAUCCAAGAAAGCUUCUCAAUGAAGUCAUUAUGAAAAACCGACAAAUAAUUUCACACGAUUCAAAUGUCUCUCCGCUGAUAAAAAAAGAAAGGCUGUCCUUUCAACUUUUAGAGCAGAGUCAGGUACCCUCAGGCAGACGACAUAGUCUUGAUUUGAUUAGCCGCUCGUUGACUGACAACUUUAGAAGUUUAAUGAACUCGCCUACAUGUAAAGCAUCUCCCCAAACCCCCGAUAAAAUUAAACUGCUAAAGAAGCGCUCGAAACAUUAUCCAAUAUCUAUUCAAACUGACGAGCAAUUGAAGAGACUACCCCUUAGGAUACAUGGAGCUCACUCAUAUUUAACCAUUGGUCCAAAUAAAACCAAGAUUAUUAAGCAUGGUCUGUCGUCACUUUUAAGAAAGCCUUUGGCUAGUCAGGUGAAGAAAAGCUCACUACAUGAAGCUCUAAGCCAGAGUUUAAUUGAUUAA